AUCGUUCACUCACGAACGGGCACUACAACAGAAGCGUAUCGCCUUCCAUUCGGCUGCAUCAGAUAAACACGCAACUGAUUUAGUGAACCAGUACCAGCUACACGACAACCGUAACGACGAAAGAGUGCGGAAAUGUCUGCAAGGACCACAGCAAAGUACGUGGAGGAAAAGGAGCGUAGUCGUCGACGACAGGAACAUCUUUGGCUGCAGCCUUAUGUUGUGUUGCGCAGACUAGACAUCAGUGAAGCUAUUCGUCCUAAGCAGAUGGACCCAGAGCGCACUCGCAUUAAAGAGGAAGAUGUGGGCAAAGAGGUCCAUCACUUCAAUGAACAAAUGGAGCAGAAGUUUCUUUGCACCAUAAAAGAGGAGGAAGAGCCGGAGCAGCCUUGGAAUAAAGAGGAAGGAGAAGACUCCUGCGACAUUAAAAAGGAAGAAGAGGAGGAUGCCUGGAAGAUACCAUUGACUGGCGUUCCUGUGAAGAGUUUAGAUGAGGGUCAACAUGAGGUGAGCAAAGGGGCGGAGCCUCCAAGCUGCAGCUCAAGUCAACAAAUGACUAGAGAGGGUGAUGGAGACCACUGUGGAGGAUCACAAGCAGCUCCACCAUCAGAUAGUGACGACGUGUCGUCACAUGUUCCUGCUGCUGCUGCUGCUUCUGAUGAUGAGUCUCAAAACAAACACAGGCAAUGUUCUCAGGUUGGGAAAUGUGCUAAUAACAGUGUUUUGAAACAACACAUGAAAAUGGGCACAAAAAAGAAAAACUUUUCCUGUUCAACUUGUGGCCAAAAAUUCAGUCAGAGGGGAGAUUUAACUAUGCACACAAGAAUCCACACUGGUGAGAAACCUUUUUCAUGCUCAGUUUGUGGCCAAAAAUUCAGUCAUAGGGGACAUUUAAAAAGGCACACAAGAACCCACAUUGGUGAGAAACCUUUUUCAUGCUCAGUUUGUAACCAGAAAUUCUCAAGGAAGGCAUCUCUAACACGUCAUACAAGAAUCCACACUGGUGAGAACCCUUUUUCAUGCUUAGUUUGUGGCCAAAUAUUCUCUAACAAGAAAACCUUAGUAGGACAUACAAGAACCCACACUGGUGAGAAACCUUUUUCAUGCUCAGUUUGUGGCCAAAGCUUUUCUAAGAAGGGAAACUUAAAGAGUCAUACAAGAAUCCACACUGGCGAGAAACCUUUUUCAUGCUCAGUUUGUGGACAAAAAUUCAGUCAGAUGGCACUUUUCAAAGGGCACGCAAGAAUCCACACUGGCGAGAAACCUUUUUCAUGCUCAGUUUGUGGCCAAAAAUUCUCUCAGCAGGGAACCUUAAAAAGGCACACAAGAACCCACACUGGUGAGAAACCUUUUUCCUGCUCCGUUUGUGGCCAAAAAUUCUCUCUCAUGGUAAGCUUAAUCAAGCACACAAGAACCCACACUGGUGAGAAACCUUUUUCAUGCUUAGUUUGUGGCCAAAUAUUCUCUGACAAGAGAACCUUAGUAGUACAUACAAGAACCCACACUGGUGAGAAACCUUUUACAUGCUCAGUUUGUGGCCAAAAAUUCAGUCAGAGGGGACAUUUAAAAAGCCACACAAGAACCCACACUGGUGAGAAACCUUUUUCCUGCUCAGUUUGUGGCCAUAAAUUCAGUCAGAGGGGACAUUUAAAAAGCCACACAAGAACCCACACUGGUGAGAAACCUUUUUCAUGCUCAGUUUGUGGCCAUAAAUUCAGUCAGAGGGGACAUUUAAAAAGGCACACAACAACCCACACUGGUGAGAAACCUUUUUCAUGCUUAGUUUGUGGCCAAAUAUUCUCUGACAAGAGAACCUUAGUAGGACAUACAAGAACCCACACUGGUGAGAAACCUUUUACAUGCUCACUUUGUGGCCAAAAAUUCAGUCAGAGGGGACAAUUAAAACGGCACACAAGAAUCCACACCGGUGAGAAACCUUUUUCAUGCUCAGUUUGUGGCCAAAAAUUCUCUCAGCAGGGAACCUUAAAAAGGCACACAAGAACCCACACUGCUGAGAAACCUUUUUCCUGCUCCGUUUGUGGCCAAAAAUUCUCUCUCAUGGUAAGCUUAAUCAGGCACACAGUAGCCCACACCUAACCCUGUUGAAUGCUCAGUCACUUGGCAAAGAGUCACUUGAGAAUUCAGAGUGUCUUGGGGAGAUGAGCAAUGAUCCAUGACGUUCUCACCUUCUAUUUGAGCAGACUCCGUUGAUGCAUCAAUGAUAAUUCUAUUCUAAUAUGUACCUUUUUAAUCGAGAUGCUGAACCUCUUUCAUUUACUAUAGUGAGAAGUUCAUAUUUUAGUUAUAGUACUGAAUUUGAAAAUAUAGUUAACCAGCCUUGGGAUGAUAAUAGUUCUGUAUGUGUCAUUAUACUUUAUGUUUAUUUUGGUUUUAAUUGUUGUUUUUAACUGCAAUUAGUUUUAAUUAAUAUUCAGGACAAGUUUUUAUUCGUGUCUGUUUAGGGUUUUGUUUUGUUCAGCUUUUCAUGUUCAUGUGGAUCAAUAAAAUGAAAAAAAAAAGUGUUGGAUAUCCCACAUUUUUCUUCAACAGUUUUGUUUUUUUACUUUGGCUUGCUAGUAACACUUUAAAUUGUGCUUGAGAUGCAUU